UAAGAGCUGUUGUUCUUGGGUGGCAGAAAUCUGACAAAGCCUCAGUGAUAAACAGCAUUUUAGGUGAUGAAGUUGAGUCUGACAAACACUUUGUGAAAUCUGUAAGGAAAGAUGGAAAAGUAAAUGGAAGGAAGAUCACUCUGAUCAACACGGCAUGUUGGUGGGAGAAUUUUGAUUUGCAAGACUCUCCAGAGGUUGUUAAACAAGAACUGGUUUGCAGUGUUUUUCUGUGUAAACAAGGGCCUCACGUCUUUCUCGUAGUCAUUAACCUCAGUUUGCCUUUUACUGAAGAAAACAAACUCAGCAUCGAGAAUCACCUUGGCCUCUUUGGUGAGACAGUCUGGAAACACACCAUUGUGAUCUUUACAGGAGGUGAUUUGAAAGACAAAUCAUCAACCAGCACAUUGAGAAUCAAGGAGUCAAUCUGCAGCAGAUCCUACAGAGGUGUGGAGAAAGAUAUCACGCCUUUGAUUUUAAAAACAAAAGUGUUGAGGUCCAAGAACUACUUGUCAAGAUUGAUGAUGUUGUGGCAGCAAACAAUGGCAAGCAUUUUGAAACACGUGAUGAUGAGCUGCUUAACAUUAAGAGCAAGAGGGAUGAAAAUGAAAGAAGAGCAGAAGCCAGACAAAAAACAGUUCAGGGCAAAAGAAACCUACUGAAAGAAAUAAAUGCUGUGGCUCCACUCUCAGAGCUGAGAAUUGUUCUGCUGGGUUGGAUGCUGUCUGGGAAAAGUGCAGCCGGAAACACAAUCUUCAAUCAUGAAGUAUUUCCCAUGCAAAGAACACAAGAGUGUACAAGCCAUACUGCUGUUGUAAAUGGCAGAUCAAUAACUGUGUUGGACACUCCAGGCUGGUGGAAGUAUUUCUUUGACCCAGAAUAUGCACAGGCUGCAAUUCUAGAGCGUGAACGCCAAUCACGACAUAUGCAGUUCCCUCACGCCAUGAUCUUGGUGUUUCCUGGUGAGACUUCAUUUAGAAAUGAACAGAGAAGAAUCAUUAGAGAGUACAUGGCCACUUUUGGAGAAGAUGUGUGGAAACACACCAUAGUUCUGUUCACAUGGGGUGACAGAUUCCCAGACAUCUCAGUCGAGCAGCACAUUGAGAGUGAAGGUGACGCCCUCCAGUGGCUGAUUAAGAAAUGCAGGAACAGAUAUCACGUCUUUGACAGCUCAAACUGGAAUAACCGAGGUCAAGUCACAGAGCUGCUCCAGAAGAUUGAUGAGAUGGUGGCAGAAAACAGUCUGUUCCACCUCAACACUCAAUGUGCUAUAGAAGAAAACAUUCAUGAGACUGACACACAAGAAGAUGAGGAAAUAAGUCUGGAUGUUGACCGUGUGCUGAAAUUACUACAGCAGGAGUUUAACAACAGGCUUGAGGGGUUUGAAAGUAAACUCAAACACUUAGGGAUGGAUUUCACUGGAAAUUUAGAGACCAAAAGUGACCGCAGCAGGUCAGACCCUCCAGACUUCUCAGCUGAUGAGGAACUCAUGGAGAAGAUAAGGAGAGAAGGAAGCAGAUGGGAAGCAAUUUUAAUGGAAGCAUUUUUGAACAUUCAGAAUAAAUCAUCAUUUGAUUCACAUGAAAAGGUGUUGAGGUGGCUUCCAAGAUGUGAUGAAUACAGCUCAGUUAAAUGUGGAACAAGCUCCAUCAUCAGCAGUCCAGAAGAUCCAGAGCCCCGUGGUAUAAAAAGAUGUAGAAAAUGAAGCACUGUUUGAACAUGUUUCAUACACAUGCAGUUUAUAUCAAAAACAAACCUUUUUGUUUUGAAUGCAUUUAAUAAUUCUAAUAUAAUAUGAAAUUAUUUGGAAGUUAUGAAAUAUGAAUAUGAAAGUUUAAAGUAAUUUGAAUGACUGAACAGUCACAUUUAGUCUUAGUUUAAUUUUUAUGGACUUUAGUUUGCUUCUGUUAUCCUGAGUCUUACUUCCUGUUUCCUUUUAUCAGUAUCUAGUUUUUGUUUUCUUGGUUUUCCACCCGUGUCUUGUUUAUUUGCUUGUUGUGUAAAUGUUCCCUCAGUUUUUUCUUCCCAUUGUCUGGUAUUUGACUUGUAGCAAAGCUGUUAACAUUUUUCCUUCAUGUUAUAAUUCCAGCUUUUUUGGUUUUAUUUUGUUUGCUUAAUAAAGGUAAACAGUUCCAGUGAAUGGAUGAACAUGUGUGAACAGAGCACUUGAUGGAAGCGGCCAAAGGAACGUUUUUAUGCUUUCUCAUGGUUUAUGUAAAAAUCUGAUGAUGAGCUGAUGAAGACUAGUUUGUUGACUUGAUAUGCAUCAAUGUUUCACAUCAUUAUUGGGUGCUUUAAUAAUAUAAUUGCAUAGGCCUAUAUAUUACCUCAUUACAUGAUUAUGUAAACAAACUAGUCAAAUGAACCAGUUAUAAAAUAAAUAAAACUUAUUUAUUAAAAUAUAAAUAAAUUGUCUGACACCAAAAAAGUGGGUUUGCUGACCCUAUACAACGUUUGUUUGUAUACAAACAACCCUAUACAACGUUUGUUUCUAUACAAACAAUGUUUGCCUGAGGCUCUGGAUUCCAGGUAAUAUUGUUGUGAAUAAUGUUCACUUUCUUGCACUGUAUAAAUGGAAAAGGACUGAUGCAGAAGUUAAAUGUCUCCAGAAGGCUCUGUGGACACAUUCAGUAUGCUUUAUAAAGUAAAGAACGAAGAGGAGCUCACACUUCACAUGAGUCACUUUAUUGAACAUUAUGAAAAUUGAUGUUAUAUGAUGAUAUUAUGAAAUAAUUAAAGAGGAGUAUUGUAUUUUGAUAGCUGUAAAAUUUGACAUGUCAUAUUUGACCCUAGCCUUCUAUAUACUGUAUAUGUAUAUGUAUAUGUGACUAUAAGAUAGGCCUACGUUUAUCAAGAAAUCAGAAUACGUUUUACAAACAAGCGCUAAAACAUCUAACAAUGAAGCAUUCUUGGUAAUACAUUACUAGACAACAACAGCUGCAUUAAUGUUUAAUAUCAUUCAGACGCUCAUGGCAUUAUCUAGCUUGUCCAGUGGACGUUUUCUAGUGUAAGACAUGAAACAUAAUUUACAGCAGCACUCUGCUCCUCUGACGCUGAUCAUAUGUGCGCGCUCCCGUGAAAACAUUUUCUGAAAAGCGACCCCUUGUCAUAGUUUUCGACGGUGAUCAUUCCCAUUGUCUGGUAUUGUAUUUGGUUUGUAGCAGAGCUGUUAACAUUUUUCCUCCGUGUUAGAA